AUGGCUAGUAGCAGUGUGGAGCAUGUCGUUACCGUUGGGCUUGACCGUACCGCAAUGUGGCGCUUUUCCGGCAGCUUCCCGGCAGCGGUGCGAAUGUAUCCCCACGCGGCCGCCGGCCAGUACUAUGCUGGACCUGGCCACCAUCAGCCACAUCCGCCUCAUCCACCGGUCCAUCCCCAUCCUCACCAUCACGGGCUGCAUCAUGCGGCAGCAAGCCAUCAUACGCAUCGACCAUUGCCAUUACUUUGCGGCGAACCUUACCAGCUGCUGAAUGCUGCAUCACAUCGACUUGUUUCGCAAGGCGGUCAAAUACAGCUGUGGCAGUUUCUACUGGAGCUGCUGGCCGACUCGUCGAACGCACCCUGCAUCUCCUGGGAAGGCACCAACGGAGAAUUCAAACUGUCCGACCCGGACGAGGUGGCCCGCCGGUGGGGCGAGCGCAAGGCAAAGCCGAACAUGAACUACGACAAGCUGAGCCGUGCAUUAAGAUAUUACUAUGAUAAGAACAUCAUGACGAAAGUGCAGGGCAAGCGGUACACGUACAAGUUUGAUUUCCACGGCCUGAUGGCCGCGUGCCAGGCGCAGGCCCAGCUCACUGAUAGCGCGAACAGCAGCGCGAACAUACUUUCCGGUUGCAGUUCCUACGGCUCCAGUCCCGCAUCCACAACUUCCUCGAUGAAAUCGCCCAACGCCGGCAGCAGCCCGCCACAGUCGCACUACGCCAGCACGACCACCACGACAGUGCCCAGCAGCAUACCGACGGCAGCGAAAGGUACGACGUUCGGCAGCAGCAGCAGCAGCAGCAGUACCGGCUGGUUGCCGUACGCGAGUGCACCGUACGCGAAUCUGCUGCUUCCUGUCGCUCCCACCACUACCUCAACCAGCGAUGCCGGAAGCCGGAGUGGAGCGCCGGCCGCAUCGACAUCCAGCUCGCCCGAAACCACGCUCAGCUUCGCGGAUGCGGUGUCGUCGCAUCUGCGCUAAAACCACCGUUUCGUUCCGUAGUCCUCAGAGAUGCUAAAACAAUACCGCUGAUAUUAGAUCCGAUAUUUAGCGUUUAGAAUUACAAGUGGCGUAGGUGUAAGCGCAUCUUUCUACCCUAUACACGUUUUAUUUUGUGUAGAAAAAAAAAAAAUAUAUAUAUAUAUACAUAUGUAUACACACUUCCAAACCCAAGCGUGGUAAGCUAUUGCGUGCGCGCUCGCGCACGCGCUCCUUCGCAGCACGUGUUGCGUCGUUUACAUUAACGCUCCGUCAUUUCCACCUGCUAUUAACAUCUUCCGGGCGGUGGUGUUUCCAACCCCAUCGAGCAACCCUUUGCUUUGCGUGCAAAAACACCACAACACAAACAUCAAAGCAGGCGUGUUGUGACGGCGACCUAAUCAAAUCGGCACUGCUCAACCAGCGCGAGCACACGCGUACCACGCGAGGAUACUGUUGCACGCGGCUCACUAAACGGCCCUCGCGCUCCCGCUAAAUGGAUGUGCAUAAAGCUGUGUUCUCCCCCCCCCCCCUCUCCCACUUGGUGGUAGUGACCAUUGUUCCCCUUUGCUCCCUCAUUCCCCAAUCCAAUCGAGAAGAUAAAGGUCAGCCGCGCUAAAGCAGUGCGCCUGUCGCGGAUGUUUUGUGAUCGCGUCCCACACAAGCGCAAACAGCGGCGCAACAUCUACACAAAAGCAGCAGUUCUCUCCCUUUGGUGAUUGCGUUUGGUUUAGCGCACGGGGGUUGCCCUUGCUCCCACUCUCACCCCCAUUCCCUCUGGUUUUUUGCCCUUUUAUCUGCCAGCUAUUCAUAUCCAAACGACCACUUUUGUGUGCUGACAUCCGAAUUCUAGCCUGCCCGUAAAUCAAUUACCGCGCCAGCUCGAUGUGGGAGCUCCAAGCGACAAGUGUCAUCUAAUUGCUGCACUGCCUACAGCCGUCUGCCAUCUCUUAAGGACCUGAUUCUGUGACUGCAAUCUUCAUCUGGUGUUACCGGGUGGAGAGCGUGGUUUCUAGCUCUUUGCGCCGGAUCUCGCCAUUCCGCAUGUGUGACACACAAUUCAUGCCGAGAUAUGCGCUCUCCCACAGAGCGUCCGUGCGGCACUUUUAUCAACUCAUAACGGGCCCGGACCACAAAGCACACACACACACACACACACACACACACACAC